UUUUUAUAAUAUGUAAUGAAUUUGUAAAAAUUUAUGUGAAAAAAAAAACCCAAAAAGCAUGGAAGGUAGAGAAUCUAGAAAGUGAGAAAACAAAUGUCCCAUAUCCUCAACUUUAAAAUAAUUCCAAAGGGUAACACAAAAUGAAUCAUUUAAACCAAAGCUAUGUAUGAAGCAAAGCAUAAUAUAGUAAUAGUUUAGAAUAAUUAGAGAGAGACCAGAAGUUGACAAAUUUCAAGUCAUUCUUCUUUGUUUUCACAGAGAAAGAUCCCUUCUUUGGGAUUCUAAGUGCCUGAUCUUUCUAUCUCCAUCUUCAUUUAUGGGCCACCUUAUUUCAGUUUCUAUUUUUUUUGUCUGCUGAUGAUUCAAGAUUCUUUAGUAUUAAUGCAGACUUACCCACCUGAAGUUUUUUUUUUCUUCUGAGUUGUUGGGUUUUCUGCAAAAUUGUUCUUUGUUGUAAAUUGUAAUUUCCAUGGAGCUAGCUGAGUUUUGUUGAUAAUUUAUGGAGGAGUUUUCAUUUGACUUGGUGGGUGAUGCUAAAAGGAAUGGGUAUUAAAGUACAACGUAAGAUGCAUUUGUCUGGAAAUUAUCCUAAGAUGGAUUUAAAUAACAAUGCUAGCAACAGUAGCUGCCUCUCUUUUCAUGGAAACAACACAUUCAGACAGUAUAAUGGCAUGUACUCUGCAAUCCCAGCAAUAGAGGGAUUUACAGCAUAUGGCUGCGAACAAUUACGAGAAACCAUCAUGAAACAUGAACUUGUAUUCAGACAACAGCUCCAAGAACUACACCGUCUUUACAAAAUACAGGCGGGCAUGAUGAAUGAAAUGAGAAGCAAACAACCACACAAACACCUAAAACCUAUCGGAACAUUAGGAUCGAGUGUUUUCGCCUUCCCAUCUGCAGAUAAUAACAGCAGACGGUAUGUUUCUGGUCGAUCUUUGGUGGAUUUUGGUCAUCAUUUGUCAUCUGCAUCCGGCUGUGGUUCCACUUACAAUGUAUCAAGAUUGUUUGACCUAGAAUCUCCAGCUGAUGAAUACAUUAACGAAGAAGAAAAAGGCCGACGGACACCUGGAGGUUCGGUGAUAGGCAAAACCGCUCAUAAAAGCAGUCACCAGUUUGAUUUUGUGAAAAAUGGCGACUUUUCUACUCAUAGCGGUGCAUACUCCAUUUGGUGCGGAGAUGCUUCAAGUUCCAAUAUGAAUUUACGGGGGAACCUUGGUCUUGCUGAUCUAAACGAACCUGUCCAGGUUGAAGAAGCAUCUAGUACAGCUUCCGUUGAUAUUCUAGGUAAUUUUAAGGAUACUUCCCGGAGCCCCACUAAAGAAAAAGAUGAGGGAGCUAGUUUUAAUCCUGGCCAAAAUGCAAGCAAUAUAAGUUCUCAAAAUGGAGGCUUUCAGUGUGAAUAUUUGCCUGCAACAUGCGAAUCAUCACAGGUUGGACGCUGGAAAGCUGGUCAGCACAGAAGGGAGCAACCAUCAGAAAAGACAAUUUUUGGUGUAGAAAUCUCUCGAACAAAGAAUGAUGCUUGCGUUAUAGCUUCAGACUAUGGCUCCAACAGAUUGGUGCAUGACCACGAAGUUGCAUCGGAUAGAUCACUCAUUCAUAACAAUUUAAAAUCAGUUCCAAGUCUGAGAUUUGAACCAUCCUACCAAAAUAGUCUUUGCCCUGUUCCUCAGAUGGAGUCCAAAAAAUCACAAGUUGGCCAUGAAUCAACGGGUUUUGGCUAUAUGAGCGCAAUCAGCCAUAUUAAUUCCAAACAAAUUUCUGAAAAUUUGAAAUCCGCGGAGGAUGGAAACACAGUUCUUCUAAAAGGCUGCCAGAACGGAGCAUUUACUGAUUCAAAAAGUGAGUUGUCUUGGCUUAGAGAUUUUUCAUCUGGCAAUGGAAAGUGUCCCAAAGAACGGGUAAGUUUGGAUUUCUUACAAAACCAGUCUCAGCAGUUUGCUGUCAAAGCUGAGAGAACGAAGGGCCCGUCGCAAAAGUGUCUAUCCUCAGUGGUGACAGACUACCAUGCCCAUGAUGCUGAAGACAGAAGAAGUGAAGUAAGUGGGUUUUCAAGCAACAAGAAGAUUCUUGGGGCUGCCAUUUUCGAAAGGCAAAUGUCCAAAGACCCGCCUUCUGCAAGCUCCGCCGUAAUUAAUGGUGCUAACUUUAUUAAAAAUGGGUUACUUCUUGCUGAUCUAAAUCUUGAUCCUGUGCCAUCUGAUUCCGGAGAGACACAAUACUUAAAGACUCUGGAUUCCAAACACGGAUCAGUCGAGUGCAGCUUUAAUUUCGGAGCUCACAUUGAUUUGAAUGUGAGCGUAACCGAAGAAGAGUCUCAACCAACAGACUUAUCUCUUGAAAGAAAAGUGAAGAUUGCAGUUGAGAUAGAUUUGGAAGCACCCAUAGUUCUUGAUUCCAAAACCGAAAUUACCUCUGCAAGUAAACUCACCGAAAGCAAAUCUAAAGCACCAGAGGAAUACCUUCAUGGAGACUUUACUGAAGUGGCAGCUGAAACCCUCAUUUCCAUAUCAUCAUCCGGCUGUAUUCGCAGUACCCAAGAUGAUGAGACUCUUCCAAGUUCAAAGGCUGCAGGUAGCGAUUCUCUUCAGUGGUUUGUGGAGAUCAUUGCCUCAUAUGAGUUUGGGAAUGGGAUCGAGAAUGACGUGUCAUCUUCGAUUGGUAGAGACAGUAUCGAUUGUGAAAAUUAUGUACCGAAAGGUAUAGACUAUUUCGAGCUAAUGACCUUAAAUUUGAAAGAAACAAAGUUUGAAAAGUACCACUAUGAGCUGGAGAUUGUAGAAACCACAAAAGAUGAAAUCCCAUUGCCGAUACGGCCACGGAGAGGUCAAGCGAGGAGAGGAAGGCAGCGGAAGGACGACUUUCAAAGAGAUGUACUCCCUGGUCUUAUCACUCUAUCCAAGAACGAUGUGACUGAGGAUAUUCAGUUGAUCGAAGGACUUGUUAGAGCAACCGGAGGGACUUGGCAAUCGAGUUUGUCACAGAGGAAUUCUCCGAAGGGCAAAGGAGGAAGGGGGAGAAAGCGUUCUGCGCCUUCUACCAGCUCUCCUACGGUGAAUGCAAUAGAAACGGCUGUGAGGCUACCUGAUAAAUGUGGCGAAAUGAGAGUAGAGGAGAGUAGACUAACGGGAUGGGGAAAGAGGACAAGGCGUCCGCCACGGCAGAGAUAUCCGAUGAAUCAUCCUUGUAUUUCUUUGCAUUAAGUUGUGAGCAAUGGAUGGUUUGCUUACAUCUUGAAAGAUGGAGUUUGUAUGCUGUUUUUCUGGCUUGGAGUGCUCUUCUUUUUAUCUAAGGAAGUUGCUCUUUAUUAGUUGGCCUCAAAUUCUUACAUGAUGACACAAAGCCAACCUUAGAUUAUGUUUAAGGCAAAAGAUUGACGGCUAAAGUAAAUAGUUAUGCAAAGUAAAAUUAUUGUGUACUUUUACAUUUUGGAGGGAGAAAUGGAGAUUCUGAUCAAUUUAUACAUGAACAAAAAUCAAUUUUUAUUCAAGUAUAACUUAAUUUGUUAUUA